GAUACCUCUUUAGAGAAACGUAAAAAUGAAGAAUUUAGAAAACCAGGGCCUCACCGUUUAAUGGUAUGGGAAACAAUGACAUGAGGAGAAGAAAAGAAAUGAUAGUAAUUUAAACAAUCUGAGAAUAAUCAGGGCUGGAAGAAGUGGCAAAGUAUGCAAAAAUUUCUUUCUCUAUGCUUAGAGAAACCUCCAGAAGACUGCUAUCAUGGCAGAGAAACCCAAGCUCCACUACCUCAAUGCACGGGGCAGAAUGGAGCCCAUCCGGUGGCUCCUGGCUGCAGCUGGAGUAGAGUUUGAAGAGAAAUUUCUAGAAUCUGCAGAAGAUUUGGACAAGUUAAGAAAUGAUGGGAGUUUGCUGUUCCAGCAAGUACCAAUGGUUGAGAUUGAUGGGAUGAAGCUGGUGCAGACCAGAGCCAUUCUCAACUACAUUGCCAGCAAAUACAACCUCUACGGGAAAGACAUAAAGGAGAGAGCCCUGAUUGAUAUGUAUACAGAAGGUAUAGUAGAUUUGACUGAAAUGGUCUCUCUUCUGAUCACAUGUCAACCUGAGGAAAGAGAUGCCAAGACUGCCUUGGUCAAAGAGAAAAUUCAAAACCGCUAUUUCCCUGCCUUUGAAAAAGUCUUAAAGAGCCAUGGACAAGACUACCUUGUUGGUAACAAGCUGAGCCGGGCUGAUAUUCACCUGGUGGAACUUCUCUACUACGUGGAAGAGCUUGACUCCAGCCUUAUCUCCAGCUUCCCUCUGCUGAAGGCCCUGAAAACCAGAAUCAGCAACCUGCCCACGGUGAAGAAGUUUCUGCAGCCUGGCAGCCCCAGGAAGCCUCCCAUGGAUGUGAAAAGUUUAGAAGAAGUAAGGAAGAUUUUCAGGUUGUAAUAAAGCAGCCAUGGAGGCCAAGGACAUGCAAGACCAAUAUUCCAAAGUUUGCAACAAUGAAGUGCUUUACCUAUGUGUGGACUGUGCCUCUUGUAAAGCUAAUAAACUCUUUCCAAUUACAUGCUAAUUAAAUAAUAAAUAA